AUGGUGCUGCGGACUCUAACAGCAGUUGGUGCUGCUGUUUAUGACUUGAGCGGCUUCGGGGGUGUCAGUGUCUUUGAGCAGCAGCGGGACCGGCGGCGCCGCAAGAAGCAGCAGCAGCAGCAGCAGCAGCAGCAGCAGCAGCAGCAGCAGCAGCAGCAGCAGGAUGUGGUGCUGCUGCAGGACUUCGAGUUCCCUGCUGCUUCCUCCAAAGUCCGAGUCAGCCCAGACCUCAACUACAUCGCAGCCACGGGGGUUUACCCGCCCCAGGCAAGCAAACCCUAA